AAUGCUUUGAUGUCAGCUUGAACAUCGGAAAGCAAUACAUGAUCGGAACAAAUUUGAUUUUUUCUAGAAAAAUAAAUAGAAUUUCAACAUGCUGCGAUCCAUGGUGACAACGUUGUUUCAAUCCAGGCUAAGCCCUAUCACAGUAACGCAGGUGCGAGAAUGCCGUAACAAAAUUUUACCCAAGCCACGGAAACGGAAUCCAGUUUGGUUCGUAAGACAGAAAAGAACGAUCCAUGAAGAUUUUGUGACGGAAGAGAACAAAAAAUUCGUGACCGAAGUGCUAAAUGACCGUUUUGGUGUGCCAACAUUGAUAAAAGGAGCUCAAACUUAUCCGAAGAAUUUGGGAAACUUGAUCGAUGUGCAACAAGAAGAAAAACAAGAAGAUUGGAAUCGAUUUCAAAGAAGGAGCGGUUUGAUCGCUCGGAAAAUUGGCGUGGUUCCAGUUUGGCGCAAAGAUGGCACAAAAAUGACCACCACAAUGCUGCAAAUCGAGGAUAAUCACGUCAUUAAAUACUUUUCACCAGAGGAAUACACUCCGGCUCACCAGCCACGAGUGAAAAAUUUACGAAAAUUCGGCUGCGUAUUGGUUGGUGCGGGCAGUGCCGAUCCAUCACUCUUCACAAAAGAAUACUGUGGAUUGUUUCGAGAGUCGGGAGUUUUGCCGAAAAGACAUUUGGGCCGAUUUUUAGUCACACCAAACGCUAAAUUGCUACCAGGCACACCAUUGAACGUUACACACUUCCGUGUCGGAGACUUUGUCGAUAUUCGUGGUAAAACAGUUGAUCGUGGUUUCCAAGGAGUCAUGAAACGUUGGGGAUUCAAAGGUAUGCCGGCAACACACGGAGUGACAAAAACACAUCGAAGACCAGGAAAUAUCGGUUCGGGAGGUGCAAAGGCACGUGUUUGGCCAGGCCAAAAGAUGCCUGGACAUAUGGGAAAUCGCCAUCGCAAGCUAAAAGGUUUACAAAUCGUUCGCAUCAACAAAGAGUACAAUGUAAUGUGGGUGACUGGACAGAAUGUUCCCGGUGAACACAACAACUUCGUGUACAUUUACGACACAAUUUUGCCAUUGAAACGUAAUAUCAUUCAACCGCCGUUCCCCACUCGCUUCGAUGACGACGGUGGUGAAGUGGACGUUUUUGCCGAUGGCUUUCACGAUUUUCGAAAUCCAACAAUUUUCUAUGAAGAUGACUAGUUAUUUGUUCGUUGUAAAUUUUAAUAUUAAUAAAGUAAAAUAGAAAAAAAAACCAAUCAAAGUCAA